AUGGCAGACCAACAUGAGGUCGACCUCGAUUCUAUAAUCGACAGGCUACUCGAGGUGCGAGGCAGCCGCCCAGGCAAGCAGGUCCAGCUUCUCGAGGCCGAGAUCCGUUAUCUUUGCACCAAGGCCCGCGAGAUCUUCAUCUCCCAGCCCAUCCUCCUCGAGCUCGAGGCCCCUAUCAAGAUCUGCGGUGAUAUCCACGGACAGUACUACGAUCUCCUCCGACUCUUCGAGUACGGUGGCUUCCCCCCCGAAGCCAACUACCUCUUCCUCGGUGACUAUGUCGACCGAGGUAAGCAGUCCCUCGAGACCAUCUGCUUGCUCCUCGCCUACAAGAUCAAGUACCCCGAGAACUUCUUCAUUCUGCGAGGUAACCACGAGUGUGCUUCUAUCAACCGUAUCUAUGGCUUCUACGACGAGUGCAAGCGUCGCUAUAACAUUAAGCUCUGGAAGACCUUUACCGAUUGCUUCAACUGCCUUCCCAUCGCUGCUAUCAUCGACGAGAAGAUUUUCACCAUGCACGGCGGUCUGAGCCCCGAUCUCAACUCUAUGGAGCAGAUCCGCCGUGUGAUGCGUCCCACUGACAUUCCUGACUGCGGUCUCCUGUGCGAUCUUCUCUGGUCGGAUCCUGACAAGGACAUUACCGGUUGGAGCGAAAACGAUCGUGGUGUCUCAUUCACAUUCGGCCCUGAUGUCGUUUCUCGCUUCCUCCAGAAACACGACAUGGAUCUCAUCUGCCGAGCCCACCAGGUUGUCGAGGACGGCUACGAAUUCUUCUCCAAGCGCCAACUGGUCACCCUGUUCAGUGCGCCCAACUACUGCGGUGAAUUCGACAACGCCGGUGCUAUGAUGAGCGUGGACGAGAGCUUGCUUUGUUCAUUCCAAAUCUUGAAACCCGCUGAGAAGAAGCAAAAGUAUGUUACAAACAGAGCUGGCAGCAUAAGCAAACCGGCAAACUCCCCGCGCAAAAUGAAGACUUGA